GCCGAGGUGGAGGCUUCCAAGGAAGCUGCAGCAGAGCCUGCAAAGAAACGAGUGAAAGUGGAAGGCGACGCUGACGUCACGACGGUUGUCAGCGACGAUGAGGUUGAAAAAAUACCCGACGAUGAGGACAUGCCGCUGGUCCCAACCAGGCAGUUUUUGCAGGGCAUGCCCUCGCUCGGGUUCUCUGAGGCAUGGCUGCGGCAGUUCAUGUCCCAGAUGCCACGGAAAGGCGAGGCCCGUGACCGGCGGCGGCAGCCGGUGGGCAGAAAAAUUCUGGGUGCUUCGGGAGAGCAAAUGGUCUACGUGGAUGCGAUGUCUCCCGGUGAGAUGCUGCUGCUUAUGCAGUUCGUCUUCAUGCUGGAGGAGAAGCUCCGGUCUACCGGCCGUUCAGUGGACCUGGCGCAGCGGGUCUCGCACAGCUUCAGUUACUUGCAGGUUGACUUGGCUGUCGACGUGAUGUUGAAGUGGGUCUUUGACGGGCUGCCUUUCCAGUGCGGCACCACAGGGCUCCGCUUUUCCACCCGGGAGAAGCUUCGGCGACAGAAUGAGAGCCUCAAGAAGCGAAAGGAGCUCAGGCAGAUGAAUUCUGAAGCCAGGGGCUGGAUGGACUCGAUACCCGACUGGGUCGGCAAUCGGGACCUUGUGGUGGGCCCUGCCCUCUUCCGUCUUGGUGGCGCAGAAGUUGGAAAGGCAGCCGCGGUGGAGGCUCCUCCUCCGUUAGAGGAAUUGCCUGAGGAGCGCUGGGAGGUGCCCUGUGAUGAGCGCCGUUCAGUUUGGGGUCUGUCCCAUCAGUGGGGAGCGCUUCGAUAG